UUCCAAUGUGUUACAGAUCGUACGUGCGUCAACAAAACCAGGAAAUGUGAUGGGAUCCCUGACUGCUCAGAUCGAUCCGACGAAAGUGGAUGCAGUCAUAAUUUUUCACACAAAGAUGGCUGCAACCCCGGUCAAUUCAGAUGCGUGAGUAGUGGUCAUUGCAUCAGUGAGAGCAACAAGUGUGACAGCCAGAUGGACUGCGAAGAUGGAAGCGAUGAAGAUGAAAUCUUAUGCAGUUAG